UGCUACCUGUCCCAGACCUGCUGUUUUUAACUGUCUAGAGACAGCAGGAGAGACAGCCAGUGAAGAGACAGAUGACUUGGUGCUGAGGUGUGACCUUUCCUGAGAGCAAAAUGGAGUCGUCUGGUUACAAUGCUGAGUUGGUGGAUGAACACAGGUCCCAGCUCAUUCAGAGGGUCACCAUGGUGAUGCCUAUAGCUGAUGAGCUGCUCGCUGAAGGCAUGAUUCAUAAAGAGAUGUACUCCAACAUCAGUGCUGCCAGGACUAAUCAGGACAAAAUGAGGGAGCUCUUUAAAGCCCUCCGGUCUGGAGGAAACAAAGUGAAAUCUGCCUUUCUCUCCACACUGAGGGAGAAUGAACCUAAUCUGGUCCAGGAUUUGGAAUUCCACAUCAAACAAGGAGAUCAACAAGAGAACAAAAGCACAAUAAGCCUAAAGUACAAGGAAUUCAUCAGAGGUGAAUAUGCCACAGUGCAGGAGUACAACUCUCUCCCUGGAGAACAUGUGAAGCUAGAUGAUCGCUACACUGAGCCCCUGAUCAUCCAGAAACACCGUCAGCAGAGAGAGAGAGAGGAGGAGAUCCGCUCCAGAGGACAGAACUUUCAUCAAGUCAUGGACCAGAGGGACAGCGAGGCCUACAAGAGUACCAAAGUGGAGCGGCUGUUUGAUCCAGACGAGCACGGAGACAUUCAGAGAACAGUGAUACUGCAGGGCCACUCUGGAACUGGCAAGUCAUUUACCAGUCAGAAGAUCAUGUCUGACUGGGCCUUUGGAAGACUUUACGAAGACCGAUUUGACUUUGUUUUUCACCUGAGGUGCAAAGAACUGAACCAGGCCACUGGGAGAAAAAGUCUGAUGGAUCUGCUUAACUACGAUCAGAGUUCAUCAUCAAUGAUCAAGCAGGUCCUUCACCAGUCUCCUGAGAGGGUUCUCUUCCUGGUAGACGGCUUUGAUGAGCUCAAAUUCUCACUUGAUGUACCCAAAGACUCCCUUCCCAGGGACCCGUGGACACAAUGCUCCCCCGAAGUGACACUGAGUGGCCUGAUAUGGAAACAGAUCUUACCCGAGUCCUUUCUGCUUGUCACCACCAGGUCCACAGCGUUGGACAAACUGAUUGGAGUGGUCAAACAUCCAGUGAGAUACGCUGAGUUAUUGGGCUUUUCGGAGGAAGGCGUGAAGGUCUACUUUGAGAAGUUCUUCAAACAGAAGCAACACUCACAUCAAGCCUAUGAUUCUGUUAGGGAAAAUGAAACCCUUUUCACCGCAUGUUUCAUUCCAGUCAUCUGCUGGAUCAUUUGCACAGUUUAUAGGGAGCAGUUUGAUGAAGGCACAGAGAUGAUACAAUCACUGGAGACCACCACCUCCAUCUUUGUUGAAUUUGUUGACACUCUGUUGAAGCACCACUGUCAGGAUUUGGGUCAGUCAGCUCUUACCAUCCUCCAAGGACUAGGCAAGCUGGCAGAACAGGGAAUGGAAGAGCAGCAAGUCUUAUUUGACCAUGAUAGUGUCUCACAGACAGUGUCAGAUCCUUCCAAAGUCCCCUUCUUGUGUAAGUUUCUCCAAAAGAAAAGAGUAAGUCAGACCACUAUGUACAGCUUCAUGCACCUCAGCUUCCAGGAGUUUUUCACAGCCCUCUCAUACAUGUUACUGGGUGAUGAGGAAGCUCAGGGGAAAGUUAGAGAGCUACUUUCUAAGGUUCGACAUGGACCUCAACACUUUCACCUCCUGCCCAUUGUUCAAUUUCUCUUUGGCAUCUUAAACAAGGAAGUUGCAAAACGCCUGGAGGAAAAACACAUCUCUUGUUCUCAAGGAAUUUGGACCCAGCUCAAACAUUUUAUUCUGGAAGUCAUUGAAAAAGGAAAGGAGGAUCAAAUCGUUAGACGUACAAUGCAGCUUUUCACAUUUCAUUGUCUAUAUGAGCUCCAUGCAGAUGAUUUUGUUAAAGAAGCCAUGGAAACAUACACAGACAUUAACAUGUCAGGAAGUCCCCUGAAGAAAACAGACUGUUGGGUGUUGAGGUAUUGUCUUCAGCACUGCAAGUCUAUCGAAUGUCUUGAACUGAGUGGGUGCAACUUAACUGCAGAGAACAUGAAAAUCCUUCUGCCAGCGUUGCAGAAAUGUAAAGCUCUUGUGUUGCAGGUGGACGACCUAGCCGAUGAUGAUUUAGAUGGUCUGUUGACAGCGCUGGGAGAAGGAAAGAGUUUGGAGCUGGAUCUGCGUAACACCAACUUCUCUGAUGAGAAAGUACAGGACUUGCUUGUUUGUCUCACUAAACACAAAACCAGAAAAGUUCAAAUUGGAGUGAAGUCCAUCACCAGCAAUACAGCUGACAAAUUCAUGUCCCUCAUCAAUAAGGCACAUGCAGACUUGGAUCUGAUAAAGCUUCAUAGUUGUGGGAAUGUUGCAUUGAGUGUCCAGCUACAGAAAGAUGGAGUGAGAGCUCCCAAAAUUGUUCUUUGGUUAAAAGUACCAGAGAUGAAAAUGAUCUGUGACUCUAUCAGAACAUCUGGCUACAGUUUGACUGGAGUGAAGUUGAGAGUGAGGCGUGUGGCUGACGAGGGCCCAUUCCUUUACCCUACAAACGAUUGUAGGUUAACGUUACACAUAGAUGGGCCUCUCAGAUGCGGCGUAGAGCGUGAAGGUCAACAGUCAGCACUCAGCAGCAUUGAGAUGUCCCUAUACGGCGAUGAUGUAUUUGACUGGAGACGCAUCUAUCAGCUACUUCAAACUCUGAAGCAUAAGCCAGAGUGGGAUGAGCAUGCUGAUGAACUGAUCUCGCUGCUACACUCUCAAACCUCUCUGGGUGAAACAGUUCUGUUGGUGAGCAGCUUGACAGAGAGGUGUGCUGCCAGUGUAAUCUGUCUGAGCGAGGCCUGUUCCAACCUGAAGGACAUAAUCCUUCAAGUAAACGGUUUCUUAUUGGAGGAAGGAAUGCAAUGCUUAUGUGAAUCAAAGAGGCGCCCAGAUUGCCAGUUACUUCUCUUGGGGAGGAGAUGCAGGAAGCUUGCUGACCAGUGCUCUGAGGAGAAGGACAAGAGGCUCAGUUGUAAUGACAACGUUUUACUCGCUCUACAUGGAGAAUCAUUCAUAGAGAUUGUGUUAAGGCAUGGGAAGGAAAGCGGUAUUGAUGACACGUGGAAUGGGAACGAAAUCAAUAUUGAUGACAUGUGGAAUGGGAACGAAAGCAAUAUUGAUGACAUGUGGAAUGGGAACACACUCAAUAUUUAUAGCACGUGGAAUGGGAACGAAAACGAUAGUGAUGACACGUGGAAUGGGAACGAAAACGAUAGUGAUGACACGUGGAAUGGGAAAGAAAGCAAUAGGCCUAGAGAUUAUAUAAAGUGUAAAGGGUGUUGUGUUGUUGGAUACUUAAACAUCGACCAAUAUAAGUAUAAAGAGGGGUUCCUGCAGAUGCAGGAAUGCCCACAUGCAGGAAUGCCCCUCCUCGUGCAACUGGGUCAUGGACUUCCGGACGGGCCAACCCCAAGUGGUGAAGUAGGCAACAACACCUCUGCCACGCUCAUCCUCAACACAGGCAAACACAGGGAUGCUGAGUUGGUGGAUGAACACAGGUCCCAGCUCAUUCAGAGGGUCACCAUGGUGAUGCCUAUAGCUGAUGAGCUGCUAUCUGAAGGCAUGAUUCAUAAAGAGAUGUACUCCAACAUCAGUGCUGCCAGGACUAAUCAGGACAAAAUGAGGGAGCUCUUUAAAGCCCUCCACUCUGGAGGAAACAAAGUGAAAUCUGCCUUUCUCUCCACACUGAGGGAGAAUGAACCUAAUCUGGUCCAGGAUUUGGAAUUCCACAUCAAACAAGGAGAUCAACAAGAGAACAAAAGCACAUUAAGCCUAAAGUACAAGGAAUUCAUCAGAGGUGAAUAUGCCACAGUGCAGGAGUACAACUCUCUCCCUGGAGAACAUGUGAAGCUAGAUGAUCGCUACACUGAGCCCCUGAUCAUCCAGAAACACCGUCAGCAGAGAGAGAGAGAGGAGGAGAUCCGCUCCAGAGGACAGAACUUUCAUCAAGUCAUGGACCAGAGGGACAGCGAGACCUACAAGAGUACCAAAGUGGAGCGGCUGUUUGAUCCAGACGAGCACGGAGACAUUCAGAGAACAGUGAUACUGCAGGGCCACUCUGGAACUGGCAAGUCAUUUACCAGUCAGAAGAUCAUGUCUGACUGGGCCUUUGGAAGACUUUACGAAGACCGAUUUGACUUUGUUUUUCACCUGAGGUGCAAAGAACUGAACCAGGCCACUGGGAGAAAAAGUCUGAUGGAUCUGCUUAACUACGAUCAGAGUUCAUCAUCAAUGAUCAAGCAGGUCCUUCACCAGUCUCCUGAGAGGGUUCUCUUCCUGGUAGACGGCUUUGAUGAGCUCAAAUUCUCACUUGAUGUACCUAAAGACUCCCUCCCCAGGGACCCGUGGACACAAUGCUCCCCCGAAGUGACACUGAGUGGCCUGAUAUGGAAACAGAUCUUACCCGAGUCCUUCCUGCUUGUUACCACCAGGUCCACAGCGUUGGACAAACUGAUUGGAGUGGUCAAACAUCCAGUGAGAUACGCUGAGAUAUUGGGCUUUUCGGAGGAAGGCGUGAAGGUCUACUUUGAGAAGUUCUUCAAACAGAAGAAACACUCACAUCAAGCCUAUGACUUUGUGAGGGAAAAUGAAACCCUUUUCACCGCAUGUUUCAUUCCAGUCAUCUGCUGGAUCAUUUGCACAGUUUAUAGGGAGCAGUUUGAUGAAGGCACAGAGAUGAUACAAUCGCUGGAGACCACCACCUCCAUCUUUGUUGAAUUUGUUGACACUCUGUUGAAGCACCACUGUCAGGAUUUGGGUCAGUCAGCUCUUACUAUCCUCCAAGGACUAGGCAAGCUGGCAGAAAAGGGAAUGGAAGAGCAGCAGGUGUCAUUUGACCAUGACUGUGUCUCACAGACAGUGUCAGAUCCUUCCAAAGUCCCCUUCUUGUGUAAGUUUCUCCAAAAGAAAAGAGUAAGUCAGACCACUAUGUACAGCUUCAUGCACCUCAGCUUCCAGGAGUUUUUCACAGCCCUCUCAUACAUGUUACUGGGUGAUGAGGAAGCUCAGGAGAAAGUUAGAGAGCUACUUUCCAAGGUUCACCGUGGGGAAAAAAACAGUCACCUGCUACCCAUAGUUCAAUUUCUCUUCGGCAUCGCAAACAAGGAAGUGGGAAAACGGCUCGAGGAUAAAAAAUACAUCUCUUGUUCUCAAGGAACCUGGACCCAGCUCAAACAUUUUAUUCUGGAAGUCAUUGAAAAAGGAAAGGAGGAUCGAAUCGUUAGACGUACAAUGCAGCUUUUCACAUUUCAUUGUCUAUAUGAGCUCCAUGCAGAUGAUUUUGUUAAAGAAGCCAUGGAAACAUACACAGAUAUUCAUCUGACCGGGACUCCCAUGACAAACACAGACUGUUGGGUGUUGAGGUAUUGUCUUCAGCACUGCAAGUCCAUUGAAAGUCUUGGUCUGAGUGGGUGCAACUUAACUGCAGAGAACAUGAAAAUGCUUUCACCAGGCUUGAGAAAAUGUAAAGAUCUUGUGUUGCAGGUGGACGACCUAGCCGAUGAUGAUUUAGAUGGUCUGUUGACAGCGCUGGGAGAAGGAAAGAGUUUGGAGCUGGAUCUGCAUAAGACCAACUUCUCUGAUGAGAAAGUACAGGACUUGCUUGUUUGUCUCACUAAACACAAAACCAGAAAAGUUAAAAUUGGAGUGAAUUCCAUCACCAGCAAUACAGCUGAAAAAUUCAUGUCCCUCAUCAAUAAGGCACAUGGAGUCUUGGAAAGCAUAGAGCUUCAUAGUUGUGGGAAUGUUGCUUUGAGUGGCCAGCUACAGAAAAAUGGAGUGAGAACUCCCCAAACUCAUCUUCGGUUGAAAGUGUCAGAACUACGAAUGAUCUGUGUCUUCAUCCGAGCAUCUGGCUACAGUUUGAGUGAUGUAGAGUUGACUGUGUGCCGUGUGGCUGACCUAUCAGACACUGGCGUGGAUGACCUGCUUGCAAUCAUCCACCCUGUAGACAAAUUAAGGUUUACUAUUGAACACAACGAUUUAAAUGAUUGCGAUAGUUGGAGUGAUGUUCUACAGUUCCAGUCAGCAGUCGGAAGCAUUGAAUUAACCCUAUCUGGUAAUCCUGUAUUUGACUUGAGAAGCUUCUUUCAGCUAUUUCCCACUCAACAUCCAGAGUGGGAUGAGCAUGUUGAUGAACUGAUCUCGCUGCUUCACCAUGACACCUCUCUGGAGGACAUAACUCUGAUGGUGAGCAGCAUGACAGAGAGGUGUGCUACCAGUGUAGUCCGUCUCAGCCAGGCCUGUCCAAACCUAACGACGAUAUCCGUUAAUGUAAUCGGUUUCUUAUUGGAGGACGGAAUACAAUGCUUACGUGAAUCAAAGACGCGCCCAGACUGCAAGUUAGUCGUCACAGGGCGGAGAUGCAGGAAGGCUACUGUCCAGUGUACUGACAGGAAGGACUGGAUGCUCAGUUGUAAUGAAUUUGUUCAGUGCGCUUUAGAAGGAGAAACAUUCUCAGAGACAGAUUUUGACGAUUGUCCAUGUUGUAAUAUUCUAUAGUGACCAUGACAAAAGCCCUGUUUAUACCUGGAGCUAACAUCCUGUGUCCUGAUCUUGUCCACAUUCUGAUUGUGUCCACAUUUUCAGAAACAUGUCUACACAUAGAUAGUAUGUGUAUCAUAUCCAUCUGUCCACAGCAUCGUGAUAAGAUUUCUGGUCCCUCACUGUAAUGCAAAUUAUUUCACAGAUUGUCUUUCAAAAUAACAUUUCAAAAUAUUAUUUUAAGACACAUAUUGAUGGCAUAAGUCAGUGGUGAAAGAAAUUAUUUAAAAUGUAUUUAUUUCAUUUGGAAUUCGAAAUAGUUUCUCUGUCCAGAUCCGUCUACACUUGUAAGAUAUCCAGACACACUACGUGCCUAACUACUCUGAUCGCAAUCAGGUCACAAAUAGUCUCCACCUGUCUAACAAUGUGGGCACAAUCAGAAUGUAGACAAUGUCAGGACAAAGGAAACAUUUUAGAACCAGGUAUAAACUGGGCUUCAGAUGGUGGAUGGAUGACUCUGUAUGGACAAAAGGUGCAUUUCUCUGCCCAGGCGUUGCUGAUGCAUGCCAGAUCUUAAAACGCCUGCAUAGGUAUUUUACAUAUCAGCUAACCACAUAUGUUAGGGGAGACUGGUGUUGGUUGUCACAGUACUAAGGAAUUACUCCCAAUUGAAAUGGCGUCGGUACGGCAACUCCGCAAGGCGCAUCAAAGGGCGAUAUGCUGAACGAACUUCUGGAUGCACACGGUCUGCCCUCCAAGACACCUACAACUCCAGGUGUCGCAGGAAGUUCAUGAAGAUCAGCAGCCACCUGAGCCCCAUUCCCUGUUCUCCCAGCUUCAGAUCAUCAGCCACCCGAGCCCCAUUCCCUGUUCUCCCAGCUUCAGAUCAGCCACCCAAGCCCCAUUCCCUGUUCUCCCAGCUUCAGAUCAUCAGCCACCCGAGCCCCAUUCCCUGUUCUCCCAGCUUCAGAUCAUCAGCCACCCGAGCCCCAUUCCCUGUUCUCCCAGCUUCAGAUCAUCAGCCACCCGAGCCCCAUUCCCUGUUCUCCCAGCUUCAGAUCAUCAGCCACCCGAGCCCCAUUCCCUGUUCUCCCAGCUUCAGAUCAUCAGCCACCCGAGCCCCAUUCCCUGUUCUCCCAGCUUCAGAUCAUCAGCCACCCGAGCCCCAUUCCCUGUUCUCCCAGCUUCAGAUCAUCAGCCACCCGAG